AUGGAGCUAAUGCGAAGGGUGUACGAAGGUGCAACUGCAACCGGGAAAUUCGCAUGGACACCAGGGGCAGCGUUCGAACCUGUGGCCACGGAGGACAAUCCGUUGCUGGUAGACGAAGAAGACUGCGAAGACAGCAGUGGUUUGCCCCCUUUCCAGCCAUCCGUGCAGCAUGGACAAACUGUCCACCACAGUUCUGCGCAAGAGGAGGACAUCCCGGUCAGUGUACAUGCUGCGGCAUCGGCAAUUCACGCUGAGGACAUCCCGGUCAGUGUACAUGCUGCGGCAUCGGCAAUUCACGCUGAGGACAUCCCGGUCAGUGUACAUGCUGCGGCAUCGGCAAUUCACGCUGAGGACAUCCCGGUCAGUGUACAUGCUGCGGCAUCGGCAAUUCACGCUGAGGACAUCCCGGUCAGUGUACAUGCUGCGGCAUCGGCAAUUCACGCUGAGGACAUCCCGGUCAGUGUACAUGCUGCGGCAUCGGCAAUUCACGCUGAGGACAUCCCGGUCAGUGUACAUGCUGCGGCAUCGGCAAUUCACGCUGAGGACAUCCCGGUCAGUGUACAUGCUGCGGCAUCGGCAAUUCACGCUGAGGACAUCCCGGUCAGUGUACAUGCUGCGGCAUCGGCAAUUCACGCUGAGGACAUCCCGGUCAGUGUACAUGCUGCGGCAUCGGCAAUUCACGCUGAGGACAUCCCGGUCAGUGUACAUGCUGCGGCAUCGGCAAUUCACGCUGAGGACAUCCCGGUCAGUGUACAUGCUGCGGCAUCGGCAAUUCACGCUGAGGACAUCCCGGUCAGUGUACAUGCUGCGGCAUCGGCAAUUCACGCUGAGGACAUCCCGGUCAGUGUACAUGCUGCGGCAUCGGCAAUUCACGCUGAGGACAUCCCGGUCAGUGUACAUGCUGCGGCAUCGGCAAUUCACGCUGAGGACAUCCCGGUCAGUGUACAUGCUGCGGCAUCGGCAAUUCACGCUGAGGACAUCCCGGUCAGUGUACAUGCUGCGGCAUCGGCAAUUCACGCUGAGGACAUCCCGGUCAGUGUACAUGCUGCGGCAUCGGCAAUUCACGCUGAGGACAUCCCGGUCAGUGUACAUGCUGCGGCAUCGCCAAAUCACGCUGAUGACACACCUACGAGUGGCCAGAGCAAACGCAAAUUCUGUCGUACAACACACUCGCAGCGGAAAAAAGGGCAGAGUGUCGGCGCAUCGCUCUUGGCGAGUAGCAUGGAAAACCUUGCGUCUUCAGUUAAAUUACAACAACGAGAAGUCCGCGUGCAUCAUGAAUAUGGAGAUUCGGCCUCGGACUGCAUUCGUAAUUGUAUGGCAAGGUUGUACUCCCUACAAGGCUUGGACCGGCAAGACCCACUAAUCCUUUACGGUAUGUCGCUAAUGGACAAUCCGGCAAAUCAGGCAAUACUGUUGUAG